CGUUAGUUGUAUUUGGUUCGUAGUCGUGAGUGCAUUGCAAAGUGUAUACAAAAUGUGGAGUGGGGAAAAACGUGAAAUUAAAAAGUAAGUAUAUCUAAGAUAUCGAAGAUUCGCGCGGUCGAGCUAUGAUAGUUGUGUUUUUGUGUAGUGAUUGGAAUAUAAAAUAACUCUCAAUGAUUUUUUUCUAAAAAAAAUAUAUUUGAAUGCGUUUUUUUUGCAUUUUUCUGUGCAUGUGUCCAUAUGGCAACGCCAGGCAGGUUAGGCCACUGGAAUAUCUAACGUUGCAAGAAGCUUUGGAUUUUUUAGAGGAAUUGUGCUCUGAUGAUGAAAACGAUGUUCCUACUAAUAUCCAGGCACUCUACAUCGAGCCACCUUAUCAGGAUAGGGAUGUAAGUGGGGAAGAUGAUGGCGAGGAUGAAGGUGGAGUUCCGGACAAUGUAUGCCCAGCACAACUUAAAGCCGGAUGUGAAAUUGUAUUUGAAAAUAGUACGCGAAUGAAAACUAACGAUUGUAGACUAGAGGAUGUUGAUGACGAGGAACCUUAUGACGAUACUUUAGACGAUUGUUUGCCGAGCUCGUCCAAGAAAAUUUGUCGCCCAAUUCAAUCAAAUACUGGAGUACCACUUCCACCAGCUAACAAAGACAGCAAAUAUACUUGGCAAACCGCUAAUUCAUUACCAGUCCUUCCCAUAUUCCCUGAAACAAAUUUCGAAGAUUGUCGGGAUCUUAGACCUCAUCAACUUUUUGAGAAAUUUUUCAGCGAUGACUUGCUUGAACAUAUAUGCAAAUGUUCGAAUUUGUACGCUACGCAUCAUCAGAAACGAUACGAAGAACUUACUAUAGAUGAGUUACGUGUGUUCAUCGCAAUUUUGAUAGUAACUGGCUACACUUCUACAGGAGCCUUUCGAGACAUGUGGAGCUGCGAUGAUGACGUUCAAAACGUUAUGGUCUUCAAUGCUAUGCGAAGGAACCGCUUUGAGGAAAUCAACUAUAUGCUGCACUUCGAGUCCGCAUUGCACGAACCGUCUGCUAGUUCUGACAGGUUUGACACUCUUUGGAAACUACGCCCACUGACUGACCAUAUAAAGGCCAAAAUGACUGAAAACUUUCACCCAGAACAAAAUCUCUCAUAUGACGAAAGUAUGAUUGCAUAUUUCGGUCGCCAUGGAUGUAAACAGUUCAUAAAAGGAAAGCCAAUUCGUUUCGGAUACAAAGCUUGGUCUCUUUGCACUCCUAGAGGAUAUAUGAUCAAUUUUGAAAUAUACCAAGGUAAGAAUCCGAGGGUGAAUCCUAAAUAUGAAGAACGCUUUGGCACUUGCGCAGCUCCACUCUUGUGUAUGAUUGACGAAUUUUCGGAAGAGGUGCAAGGACUUCCGUUAUCCUUUUACUUUGACAAUCUUUUCACUGGAAUACCAUUGAUGAUUUAUUUGAAAAAAAGAGGUUUCCAGGCUACCGGUACAAUUCGAGAAAACCGAAUUCCAAAAAGUUGUCCUAUUCCACAUAAGAAGGAUUUGCGUAAACAGCAAAGAGGAUAUUACGAAAGCGUGGAAAUCAAAGAAGAGUCAAUUUAUCUGACUAAAUGGGUAGAUAACUCGGUAGUCUGCCUUGCAUCAACAUGUUUUAGUGGCGAACCAAAAUCCACAGCAUCUCGCUACAGUAGAGAAUUGCGUAGGAAAAUACCAGUUCCACGUCCGUGCGUUGUAACUCAAUACAACAAAUUUAUGUCGGGUGUGGAUCGAUUUGACCAAAAUGUUGCAGGCCACCGAAUAACCUUUAGAGGAAAAAAAUGGUGGCAUUCCAUUUUUACUUGGCUUAUUGAUGCAAGCUUGCAAAACAGCUGGCUUCUUUAUAAAUCCGCUAAUGAAAAUAAGUCAUUUAAAGAUUUUAAGAGAGAAGUAGCAAUUUACUAUUGCAAGCACUACGGCGUCGAACUGAAAAAGUUCCAAAAAACCUCAAAUAAACGAAUUGAAUCCGUAACGAAUGUCCUGCGCUAUGACAGGACUGAUCACCUUGUGGUUCCAAUUGGAAAUAAGAGGCGAUGUGCAGGUGAUGUAUGCAAGUCCAUCGUGCGAACAGCCUGCAAAAAAUGCGAUGUUGGACUUUGUUUGCCUUGCUUCGAAGCAUAUCAUACAAAAAUGUGAAAAACCAGGAUUUUUCAAUAAAAUUUUGUAUCAUCUCAAUGAUAUUUAAUAAAAUGAAUUCAUUAUUUUUGAUUUUUUAAUGAUAUAUAAUAAAGUGAAUUGAAAAUUUU